AGAAGGUACUGUACCAGUAUUAGUGGUAAUACCUCUCAUUUAGGACUAGGACACGGAUUAUGAAGAAAAAAAAAUCCACAAACACAAACUUUGAGGGCGCUAUUUAUUGAACGUGAAAACUUAAAAUUCGCGAUGGCGGAAAUAGAUGAUGGUCCCCCUCCAUUAGAAGACAUGACUGAGUUUCUAGAACAAGUGAAGAAACUAGGAAUGAAGAAUGAUUCCUGCAAACCAUCCGAGACGUCAGAGUCAACCAGUACAACACCAGUCCACAAAAAGCAACCAAAACCAACAAAGAAUGCUGCAGUUCAAGUUGGAAAGUCUGUUGUAAAACCGUCAAAUUCGGAUAACACAUCGUUUGGCGGAAUGAAAAAAGGGUUCUUGUUUAGCGCAGGAAAAUCAAAGCCUCCAACAAAAUCUAAAAUGCAAUGCGAAAAGACUAAAACUGUGUCAAAUGAACUUAUCCAGUCGAAUGACGAAGAUUUAACAGUACUCAAACCAAAGAAAGAAACACGGCAACAUGAAAUUCCUGAAGUCCAAGAAGCAAUGAAGGAUAGUGUCCCAUCAUGGCUUGAUAGAAGCUGGAUCACCAGGGAUUUACUGGCGACGAUAGAGAAACAUCCGAAGCUUGCAAAACAGAUCCAGCAACCAAAGUUUGCGAUGGCUGUAGCACAGUUUCAAGAGAGCCCACAGAAGGCAAUGAGUGACUUCCAAAACGAUCCUGAACUGCAGCAGUUCUUUAGAGAGUUUUUCUCAGUUUUAGGUGACCAUUUUACGAAGCUUGGAGAUUCUCAGGCCGUCCCUACCAGUCCUACUGCAGUGCCUUGUGGAAGUCCGGUAGAUGCGACAGCAAAGAGCAGCAAUAGUAGUAGUAAUAGUAAACCGAAACAGAGCACAGAGGAGGACGAGUUAAGGAUGCAAAAGAUCCUAGCCGACCCUAAAAUACAAGAAGUUCUUGCCGAUACCCGAAUACAAAGACUCAUAGAAAUGCUUAGGAAAGAACCGCACAAAGUCCAAGGAUUGCUACAGAGGGCAAGUGCUGACCUGAAACCUAAAGUUCAAAGGUUGGUUGACAGUGGACUGCUUGCCUAUCAGCCAUGAACUUGUGGAAUAGUACUGUCAAAUUGGUGUGCAUUUGUUUUAGGAAACUAGAAUGCUGCAAAUUUUUUUCAUGCAAAAAGGGUGUUUACUUAUUUUUUAACUAAUUAUCUUUAAUAACAAAUGUGAAGGAUUGGGAAUGUUUUUGUGAAAUUUCAAAUUACAUAAUUUUAACUGUCAUAUUUUUCUUGACAUUUUAUAUGGGGUUUGCUUUUCUUCAAGCCGUUGACAAGAAAAUCAAUUUUCUGUCAUUACAACAUAACUUUGUAAGAGCAGUUUGGCACAGCGGUUGUGGUGCUGUUUGAGGUCAGAGGUUCAAUCCUUCGCUGUGCAUUUUGCUUAUGUCCUAAGGCAAGGCACUUUACCUAUUACUCUCAACCCAAUAGUACAAGUGGGUACCUGGUAGGUUCAAACACAAAAUGCACUGAUCAUAGCUGCAACAUAAUAGAAUGCUUCCAGGGUUCCAUAAGUGACUGGGGGUAAUAAUGUGAAGUGCUUAGAAGCCUUGUUGGCAUGAACAUAUUAACUCAGAUACCGAACACAAAAAUGAAUAAAGAAUUUUAUAUCUGUACUUAACAUUUAUUAAUUCCUUUAAAAUAUUCUUGUUUUAAUCACAGAAACUUCAAUGUACAAUAAUGGAAUGACAUAUCUUCAAUCAGUAUUGAUAUUAUUUUAUUAGUCGCAGGUAUAGAUACCUGUGCUGUAGUAAAAAAAAAAAAAAAAAAAA